UUCAUAAAGGUUCAGCAGGUCAGUCAGCGCAGCAGAAGUCUGGAGUGAACGCUUCUUCUAGUCUAGAGUUGAGUUACGCCUCGCUUUCUUCUCAAAUCUCUUCAGAAGUCUUGUUUUAAACUCCGUACUGCCCUUCAGGAUCUCUCAAGUAUAGACUACUUACCCUCCACACGCUCCAGAAGAUUAAAAAAACACAUAUGGAGAUGCACAAGCGGAUCCUGCGGGCUCUCAGGAGCGGCCCGGCGCGGAGGAACCUCUUCGGUCCGGUGGAUCGUGAGCAGCUCCAGCUGGAGUACCGUGAUGCUCUGAGGAAGGACCUGGAGGAGGCGUCCCACCGCUGGGGCUUCGACUUCACCACCGAGACGCCUCUGCAGGGCGGAGACUUCCAGUGGGAGGGCGUGUCCGGGGUGAAGGUGCCCGUCCUGUACCGCUCCUCUCUGGAGGAGCAUCCGUCGAGAACCGGCCCGUCCCGCGUGGGGAAAGAGAACAUCCCCAGAACCCCAGAGAGAUACAGCAUUGUCCCGCAGAACAUGGAGAAAACACCAGAAAAGAGGACAGAGCUGAAGAGGAAACAGACCAACAUCACAGAUUUCUACCAGGCGAAGAAGAGAGUGGUGGCUACACCCCGCAAAUCAGGACAAUGACUCAAACACACACACACACACACACACACACACACACACACACACACACACUCAGGAACGCUAGUGUGUCUCGUCUAGACUCUUGUUCUCACAGGAGGAACACUGACGCAAACCACCGCUUCUCACCAGAUCUUCUGUUUUUAUACUCCGUCAUCUACCUUCAGCC